AUUUGAAGCAUUCCUUUGGAAUAAGAAAAAUUAAUCAGGCACCUUUACAUGAAAAGGUAAAAUAAAAGCAAAAUACUGAGGACGAGACUCCUGAUGUAAGAGUAACAUUGGAUCCUGAGAAUGUACCGUGCAGCAGUCUCAAAGGAGCCUGAAGUGUGUCAAAACGUAUAAGGAAUCGUUGGAUGAGAGAUGUGUCCAGGCCAUCUGUCUACUCUAGGGGCUGCCUGAGCGUAGGGCCUGUAUGAGUACUACCAGCUUGACUUGAGGAGCCUGCUGGGAGGUUAGGAGAAUGACCACUGGACACACACACACACACACACACACACACUUCCUCUUUCGCCGGAUAUUGGGAGUCAUAGGAAUGAGUGUGUGUGUUGUUCAGCAGCAGCUUGAGUGCCCGCCACGGCUCUGAACGGUUCAUGCCUUUCUUAAACUGCAAACCUUCAUUGAUUUAUUUGAUAUGCACAUUUUCUUAAUUGGUUAGGUAGUGAUGAGUACAUACAAUAUAGCAAAAUUAUAUAUUCUAUGGAUCACUGCGACCCUCAAUCCAUUCAUUCAUUGAUAUAACGUUAGAGAAAAGCAAGGUGGUUGUUUAUUAUUCGUGCCAUUGCUUAUUCUUUGCUUUUUGCGGCCAUGUCAAUUCUUAACCAAUAAUUCGUUCAAGACUUUACUCAUACCAGUUUGCCUUUCUCAUGUUUAGCUGGCCACUUAACUAAUGAGUAUUCCAUGAGUCCUCUCAGAUAACCCUCCUCCCUUACCACGAGCCUCCCAACCACCCCGUCACCAACCCACCCAGCCCCAGUACCCUCAUAACCGCCACCCAGCCUACCCAUCACCACCACCACCACUCCACUAGACCAGUCACCCAGCCAACCAGCCAGACCACAGCCUCCUCCAACCCCUUCACUACUCAGGCCACUCUCCCUUCACUGCCACCAGACUGAUCGUCCUGCAUUCACUUCCUCACGCAGCCAAAUGCCAUCUUCUGCAAGGAAAGCAAGUUUCGUGAUUUUUAACAAGUGGUGGUAACUUCGUUGUAUUGGUGUCUAGUGUUGAAAAUUUGGACAUGUGGCAUUUGCCUGUGGAAUACUAUGUUGAAUCGUUCAUACCACGUGUCAUAUGGAAAUAUCUGUGGUGAAUGACGGAAGGAUUAUUAUCAUCACAUCUCGCCUCAGCCUCUUCUGCUGUAGUAGAAGAAGAGAGGCGUGAUAGCUACUGGUUCACGCACUUUGCUUGGGGCUGAGACAUAUAGUCCAGCAAACGUCACGCACGCCACGGCCGCGAUGAUGGCGGCCACCAUGGGAGGGCCCCUCACCCCACCUGCCGCCCCGGACAUCCCUUUCGCUGACGCCGAUGCCCCGGACACUAUCGAUGCCCCCGACGCCCCUCCAGCGCCGCCCCCGCUCUACUCGACGCCCCGGCCCGGCGAGCCUCGAGUGGUGCUGGGCGGCGGGUUUCCUCUGUACCAGAACACAGGGCCGCGUCCCGGCCUGAGCCGCACUGCCUCCCUCCCACCCAGCAGCACGCGCCCACCGUACGCCCCCUCCUUGGCGCGCCAGGGCAGCUGCAGCGGCCUUGCGGUGGUGGAGGGCGCGGGCGGGGCGGUGAAGGUGGCCACGGACCGCCCUCACCUGGUGUCCAUGGGCGGAGGGCGUCUGUCCACUGCCGUGACGCUGCACCCCAUCAACGAGGGGCGCACCAUGCUGGGCGCGGGCGGCAUGGGCGUGGUGCCGGACAUCGUGGUGGUGGGCACGGGCGUGGAGGCGGAACAUUGCACCCUUCUGAGUCAGGACGGUGUGGUGACCCUCACGCCCGCCGCUGGUGUGGUCACCAUCGACGGCGUCAGAAUCACCGCCCCCACCAGGCUGACCCAAGGUUGCAUGCUAUGUCUGGGCCGGAGUAACUAUUUCCGCUUCAACCACCCGGCGGAGGCGCAGCAGAUGCGAGCUAUUCUGCCCAACGCGAGGAUCAGCAUGGUGCCCAUCAACUUUUAUCCGGGGGUGGACAACCCUGAGUACUUCCACAUGUCCGGGGAUGGCGCCCCCUCCCCACCAGGCAGCCUUGGGGGAUCGGCGCCCACGACUCCCGGAGAAACGAAACCACCUGUACCGCCUCGCAAGACGCCACCGUCUAUGCUGGUCCUGCCCUCCACGCCUCCCGCCACUGAGGAUAAGGUGCCGCGCUCUGAGCCCCUGACCGGCUCUCCAAGGGACCACCCCCCGCCCUACGACGAGGAGACCAUGUCGCGGCCAGCCAGGGACAUCGUGAAGACCCACCACCAUCUCUCCCACCACCACUACCACAACCACAACAGCACCAGCAAUCACCAGCACCACCACCCCAUGAAUGAUGAUGAUAACUACAUUAACAGCAGCAUCAUCGGCACUAACAGCAUCGCCAGUAGUAGUAACAGGAGCAGCCGCAGACAGGAGUGUGAGGACAGCGACAGCGAGUCUGAUCCCCACCUGAGGUGUGUUGCUUCUCCCCCUUUCACCCCCCUCACCCCACCCUAUGCAGGAUACCACCCACUCGCUCAUCCCUCUCACCUCACUCUAUGCAGGACAUCGCCCACUCACCCAUCAUUACUCAUUCACUCAUCCACACACUCAUUCAUGCAAUCACCUCUCACUCACUCACCCCACUCUAUGCAAACAUCCAUCACUCACUCAUUCAUCUGUCUCACCCAUACACUCACCCAUCUCAUCUGACUUAACUUUAUCUAA